AUUUGGAUAAUCUCAUUGGGUGCUGCCGCAUCCAUGUUCACUUCAGCUAACCAAUAUUCGGUUAACACAUGUCAACGUUAUCGACUUAGCCUUGUGGCUGACAAUUAAUCAGCAGGAACUUCAAUAGUAACAACUACACAUCACUUUUUACAACACACACAAUUUGAGAGACCCUUCGCUGAUCCCGCACGGGGCAGUGCUGCAUCUCCCCGCAGGGCCUAAUGCAGUCAAAAGCUCCUACUCGCAAAGCGGCCUUUGCAGGCCAAGGACUGAAACGAUGUUGGAAUUGUCGCUCGCAGAAGAUUGCGUGCGAUAAAGCCUUGCCGUCCUGUCGCAACUGUACAGAGAAAGGCCGGACGUGUUUGGGGUACGGAUUAAAGCUAUCAUGGCCGCGAGAUGACGACAGACGCCGAUUUGUUCGUAAAAAGGAGCACUAUUUGAUGGCCGUACAGUCCAAGGGCCUGGAAUUCAUAAAUGUUUCCCCCGAAGAUAUCGAGGCAUCGGAGAAACAAGUGUUAGCCCCUUACAGUCAGGCAGUCUGCGAUAUGCUCUGGUUCUCUUACCAACCACGAAAAAGCAUACCUAGACUGGAUCCACUCCUCGCUAUAACCCCCCACAGUCCCGUUGCUCGGCUGAUCUCAUCGAGCCACAGUGCCGACGAUUUAUACGGCCUUCUAAUUAGACUGGCUCUAACCGAUGACCAAUCUCCUUCUUUGGCUGCAAGAUACGCCAUCAGUGCGUUGUCAUAUCAACACCUACGGAUGGAAACGGCAGCGAUUACGCACCAAGGCAUCGCAAUACGUGCGCUUCAGGCUGCCAUUGAGGAUUGUGAUCCUUCGCGAGUCAUGCAGAUGAUGGCCGCAGGCAUGUUGUUGAGCAUUUUCGAGACGUUGAACUUUACCUUGGGCUUCGAUGCAUACGGCCUCAGCUGGUCUAUCUUCUUUUGCGGAACCAAGAAAAUCGCAAGUUCCGUAACUAGAAAACACGACACGUGCUUUGGCGAUGAAGCACUGAUGAUGGACUGGAUUUUCUACCACGACGUCAUGUAUAAGUUCAGCAUCCGGCACUGGGCAUCCAAAAACACGGAUCAGGUUAGCCUAGCAGCACAGACGAAAGUGAUAUCUAAAGCGGUAUUUUCGCCUGAACGACAAGCUGUCGUGCCGACCCUGGGGUGUUCACUGGAAUUACUCGACCUCCUCUGUCAUGUCAUUGAUAGUGUACUUGAACCUCAUGACCCGAGUUACCAAUCACCGGAACAUAUGAAAAAGAUGAGAUCUCUCGAGAUCCGCCUGCAAAGCCUAGAGCAGCGGCACACCGGGAUCUCGGGAAGUGAUCUUGAAGAGGUGGCAAAUCAAACUAACAUCGCAGAUCUCUUCCGCCUGGCAGCAUUGACAUAUCUUUAUCGAUUGGCAAAGGGUGAAGCUGGACAGUCCGAGUGUGUUCUAAGGGUGCUAAACCGGGCAUUCAUAGUUCUAGGCCAGGUGACGUACUGUGAACACCCUUGGCCUCUCUUUGUAAUUGCUCUCGAAUCACGGACAGAGGAACAGCGCGCGAUCGUUCUAACGGUGCUGAAAGCGUCUCUCCAAAGGCAACCGCUAGGGUCAAUGGCCCUUACCAGCCACAUGAUUCAUGAUGCAUGGAAACAGCAGGAUCUUUGCUCAGGCGAGAUGGACCCAUCGAUUUUGUAUGGCCUCAUAAUAAGCCGAAAUCGAGUGCCACCAAAUUUGGCCUGAGAAGAAUCCCGAUAAGCCACCGUGGAGAUUAUGGUAGUUGGAAUUAGCAAAAUUAGUGAUUUUGGAAAUUUUCAUGAAGAUAGUUCAUACGAUUCACGAGCAGAACGGCAAUGAAAUCAAUCAUCGUUGCUGGCUUGAGGUGACGGGUCAGAUAAUUUUUCAAGGAAAGCGGAAUAUAUGCAGAUACGUUUAUCAA